AUGUCAACCGGUGUCGUCUCGUUGGCCGUCGCCAUCGCCGUCAGCAUCGUGGUGCACGUGCUUCUGCUGACAGGUGCACUGGUGGGACCGGCGUACGGUGCGGUACGGGGUGCCGAUCGGCACAGCUAUCCUUCCGCCAGCAAGUCCACCAUCGAUCGGCAGGGGUUCGCACCGCCGGCAUAUAACGCUGCCGGCCAUCGACGAGGUGCGAAGAAUUAUGCCUGUCUGCAGGAUUUGACGCAGGCCAUGGUUCCACCCGGUCCGGAACGGGCCCCGGUACGAUCGGGCGACGAAACGGUGGUGCUGAUGGAGGACCGCACCGUGGUACUUGGCGAGGAUGAGGCCGACGUUGAUAUUGACGAUGACAUUGAUACUGGGAGCGGUACAAAUGUUUCCACUAUCGGGUCUAGGUUCAACUUCCGAAGAUACUCGUUUCGUUUGCUGGAGACGAGUCCACUUUCCAUCACUGUAACGGCCAGUUGCUCCAGUAAAGAAGAUGCAUCCCCGGCUGCUAGAUGGUGGGUGCAGUACGAAGGACGCUAUAUUGCAGCCCUAGCCAACGGGACCCAGUUCUUUCGAUCGUGCGUCCAGCGCGGUGUGUAUCAGGUGAUCGUUGAGCUAGCAGACAGUCCUGUUCUCGAUGGCUGUACCUAUCGUCUCGGCUACAAUCGUAAAGGGGCCGAAGAUUUUCGCAGCUGGCCCUUUCGUAAUCUGAGCGCACCGUCCCGUAUAAAAGUGCAGCAGCAGCGUCGUCGGUACGUCGUCAUGAUCAAGUGGGAAAAGAGCAAGCUGGACAUCCAUGUGAUGAACUAUUGUCUCGCGGUUAGCACCGGCAGGCGACAGCGAACCCUGUGCCAGGCAUUGGGUAACUCCGUCCAUCGGCCAUCGUGCGACACAAUCAUCGUGAACGAUUUCCUGCACCGAUUGGGACCGCGCGAUGAGCGCAAGCUGGAUGCGGACGCAGAGACUACGAUCGUGUGUACCGGCACCCGUACCAAGCAGCUUAUCCGGGGCAUGAAACCGAACGUGACGUACUACGUGGACGUGUUUGCGAUACACUCCCAGCACAAUAACCUAUCGUUCCUGUUGGGUUCUGCGCAGGUGCAGCUCAACCGUACCCGCCCGACGCAACUGCUCGAGGGCAAGGUUGCGGUCGGGAAGCUGUCCACGUUGGGUGGGAUUUCGCUGUUCAAUUUUAAGGUUCCGAAGCGUUCGCCAAACAAUUUCUUCAAGCUUCACCUCACGCCGUGCGGCGGUACGGUGAGCUUGGAGGUGUUGAAGAAAAAGCGUCGCAUCAUAGAGCCGGUACGGGACGUGUAUUAUCCGCGUACGAUUAAGGUGGAAAAUGUUCGGCCGGGCGAACGCUAUCUGAUACGGGUGCAUGAUGCCGACGAUUCGGCACGCCUCAAUCGGAUACAGGUGGUCGUCAGCUCGAGGGAUGACUUCCUCGAUCUGCCACGGAUGCCACACAACACCACCAUACUCGAGGUGUCAGCGCUACGCAAGUGUCACUCUAGUACGAUCGCAUGGUUCCGAUCACCCGACAAAGAUGUAAGUUACUGUGUUUACGUCUUCAAGCUUUCAAAAACACAGUACUACAUCAAUAACGUGAAGAUCCCGACGUACUGUGAGUUGGAAAACCGAGACGUCUGCAAUCAUCCCCAGUUCCACCACAGGCAUUGUUUCUACACCAAGGAGUACAAUCUACUCUCGCUGGACAUUCCCAACCUACUGCCAGAGCAUUACUACACCGUGUUUGUGACGGCUAACUCCACACCUAGUCGCAGUCUACCGUACAAAUCGGUACGCAUCAAGACGGCUAAAAACUGUUUCGACAGCAAUCAGAUCCUGCCGACGGGACACAUCGGCAAUGGGAAGGAAGCCAUGAAGGCAGCCGGGUACCGGAAGAUUGGUGGACAAAAGCGACGCAAUACGGCGACCGCCACCAAGAACAGUCUGUCGGAGAGGGGCGCUUUAAAGCGAUCCCGCAAGCAGCAGGAACCAUCCAGCCGGAAUGUCUGA